CCCGCGAAGCUCGAGCGUCCGUACUUCACCGAUGUCUCGCCCGAGAAGAUGGUGGCCGCGCAGCCGGGGUACGAGGGGCUGCUCCCCAAGUACGUGCGGAGUGGAUGGUCGCAUGUCGGGUACAGGUACGUCUGCCUGAAGAUGUACCGCAAGAUCUUCAUCGAUCCACCCAAGACCGCGCUUCCCGAGGGCUACAACCUCGCCAUGAGCGACGGCGGCAUCGUCGCGAGCGCGACACACAUCUUUGGGGUGUACGCGCUCGCGCCCCCAGGCACGAGCGACCCCGCCGCGCGCCGGCGCAAGCACCCCGCGUUCCGGCGCACGGUCGACCUGUACCCCACGCACGGCGCGAUCUGGUCCGCGUACUGCGCGCGCCUGCCGACGAUGGCGCAGCCCCCCGCGAAGGCGAAGGUGUACAACGACCCGCGCCCGGGCACGCGCACGCACCGCGCGUCCGUGCUGCGCCUCCCGAUCGUGCCCGUCGCGGUCCCGCACCCGCCGUCGUUCUAUGCGCUCAUGCAGUUCGUGUACUCGUACCGCAAGAGCGGGCUCAUCAACGCGCUCGUGCCCUGCGAGGGCUUCGCGCUGCCCCCGGACCAGCUCACGGACCCGCCGCCGGAGGUGACGCUCCCGGCGUUUGCGCAGGCGCUCGCGCAGAAGUGCACGCUGUUGAAGUUGUGCCAGAUGGCGAAGAACGUGCACGGGGCGUAUCGCAACAUGAUCUGCCUGGGGGUCGUGGAGCCCCGUAUGUGGGAUGCGAUCGACUACGCUUGGGCGGCGGUUCUGGCCGCGAUGGACCUCGUGGAG